GUCUUUGACUCUGAAUCUCGCGCGCGGUUCCAACGAGGGCAAAAAGUUCCAGCAAUUGCAAUAGAUUAAAGACCCGUCUAGAGAAGCUGGUUAUCGGCAAUUGAUUGAACAAGUAUUUUACAAAUUCACUGAUUUAAAGGUUGCAGCUACCUACCAUAAAAGGAUCAAUAUUAUAUUAAAAUAAUCUAAAACUGCUUUCAGUGCUUCUGAAAAGAAAAAAGCUCACCACAUUGAACCGAUGGUUUGAAAGAUUCUGAAUAGUGCCAAAACUUCCAUUGCUUUUGAUGCUUGAUUAUUUUAUUUCCUUAAAACAUGAUAAUCCAGUUCUCAUGGAAGAAAUGUUUCCCAUUAUAUUGUAUCCUCAAAGUUCCAGCUGCUGGCUUCAAAAGUACAAAGGAAAGAGGGCUUAUCCUACAAUCUGUGUCUCAGGAUGUUUACCAGAAUUUAGCAUUAGAGGAUUGGAUCCAUGAUAACAUGGAUUUAGAGAAGAGACAUGUUCUUCUCCUUUGGAGAAAUUCUUCUGCUGUAGUGAUUGGUCGGCAUCAGAAUCCCUGGCAGGAAUGUAACCUUGGAGUCAUGAGGCAGAAGGGUAUAAAGCUUGCUCGAAGAAGAAGUGGAGGAGGUGCAGUUUACCAUGACAAAGGCAACAUUAAUCUGACUUUCUUCACCGACAGAAAAAAAUAUGAAAGAAUUGAAAAUUUAAAACUGGUUGUUAAAGCUUUGAAAUCCCUGCGACCCCAGCUAGAUGUUCAGGCUACUGAGAGAUAUGAUCUCUUGUUAAACAAAAUCUUUAAAAUUUCAGGAACUGCUGCAAAAUUAGGAAGAACUGCUGCUUAUCACCACUGCACUUUGUUGUGCAGUACUGAUAAAUUGGUUCUAACAUCUGUGUUAAAGACUCCUAACAGUGGAAUCCAAAGUAAUGCCACACCAAGUGUGCCUGCAUUAGUGAGAAAUCUCUAUGAAGAAGAUCCCACAUUAACUUGUGAAAUGCUUAUGGAAGCCAUUGCUGGCGAAUAUGCUUCACAUCAUCACAUUGAAAACCAUAUCCAUGUCAUAAAUCCAGCCAAUGAAACAGAAUUCCCUGGAAUUAACAAGAAAGCCAUAGAACUAAAAACCUGGAAUUGGCUAUAUGGAAAAACACCAAAGUUCAAAAUCAGUACAUCCUUUAACAUAGGGCACAAGGAAUCCAAUGUUGAAAUUUGGGUAUGUAUGGAUAUAAAGAAUGGUAACAUUGAAACUUGCCAAAUAGAUGUCCCUCAGAACUGGCUGCCACUGGAUGUGUGUGUUGAACUCAGGAACAGCCUGAUUGGCAACAAGUUUUGCCCAAAUGAAAGCACUGCCGUGGCAACUGCUUUGCUGAGAACUUGGACAGAUUCUACAUUACACAGCAAAUUGCAUAUCUUAUGUGAGAAGAUUAUAACAUUAAUGUAACUUAUGCGAUGAUCUGGAUUCUUGGAUAUCAAAUUAGUAGUUUGCUAAUACAAGAUUGUCAUAUAUGAUUUUAGAAGAGUUCAGUGAAUGUAAAUUUAAUGUUACAUAAUAACUACUGAACAAAGUAACACUUGAAUAUAAAGUUUCUUUUUUAAGGGCAGUAGUUAAUUGAUAUUCUGGUCCUUAUCUAUUUUCUCAAAUGUGAACUCCAUUGAGUUUAAUGGAACUUGAAGUAACUUACUAUAGAGUUGCAACCAAGAAUGCAAUUAUAAUAAUAAUUUACUUGGGUGAGCAAGAAUGUGGAGGGAAAGCUAUAACUAAUAGCCAUUUUCAAAUUCAAUAUAUUACUGUUCCAAACACCCAACUUAUGCUGCAUUUGAAUUGACACUGAAACAUUACUCCUGUUGUAAUCAACAAAAUGUAAAAGAUAUUUGGUCUCCCUAUCUUCUGUGCUGGAUAAGAGUCAAGUCAAGGUUACAUAGGUGGCAAAUAAAUCUAAUAAAUAAAUAACAUGUUAGCAACCUUGUGAAA